UCAAUUCUGCAAGUGGUUCUGAUUUACUAUCGCUGUUCUCUAGCUGGUCUAAAACCGCUUUUGACCUAAAGGGAUGCUUUUUGGACGCCAUGGACGUUUCUCAGUUUCAAGGCAGAAAGAACAGUAAAAAUGCAGGCAGGGCACAGGACAAAGCAUUAGGGACAAAAUGUAUGUGAAAUGGUUUGAUACAGUAAUGUUUUACUAUGUGAUUUUUUUAAAAUAUUUAAAUUUCCUGCCGGUUCUGGCCCUGUAUGUCCUGACGCUCGCAGGGACCGGAAACUGGAAGAUGGAUGCCGGCAUCGGCCGGGAGGAGAUGGCCGGCGACACUGCAGGGGGACAU